UCCACAUCAAGCCACGAAAUCGGUUGGACGAGGAUACCUGUUAACAGCUGACAAGUCGACAAGGGAGCAGGGACAUUCCUUUUACACAACCCAUCACAUUGAGGCUUGCUUACCUACGUACACAGGUAGAGAGGCAGGCUGCUAUUGCAUCCCUCAAGCGGUACGUACCUUGCGCCUCCAAGAUUCUCAUGGGCGCUGGGCGGCAGACUGGUUACCCGGCAACGCACCCAAACAACUCUAUCUCUUCUUCAAACGACCGAUAGUACUUAUCUCUGCCAACGAGGCUUCUCAUCUAUUCUCUAUAUUGUAUAGAGUAUAUUUGAGAAGAGCAAUCAGCUUUGUAUCGUUCAUUUUAACCAUCAGUCCUUCGCGAGCAUCCAACCAUUGCUGCUACGAUUACGCUUCUCGACAGAUUAACUCCGAUUACUCCCUAUCUUUAUACAGCGGGUUGACAUCUCUCGCAGGCAGAAUGCCUGCAACAACAAUGGAAGCGCCAUCCGUGGCUCUGUCAUUCGCAAACAACUUUUGGGGAAAAGAAGAUGCCGGUGUCGGCCCCCUCCUUGACCGCAUGCUUGCUGCCAAGCAGACGUGCGAUGAGCUUAAGGCAUUCUACAGUGCUCGAGCCUCGAUCGAAGACGAAUAUGCCCGAAAGCUGCUUUCAUUGUGUCGCAAACCCCUUGGGUCCCACGAGACGGGGAGCUUGAAGACCUCAUUAGAUACCGUUCGAGGUGAAGUCGAGUCGAUGGCGAAGCAACAUCAAAGCAUUGCAGCGCAGAUGAAGACUGAGUUGGAGGAGCCACUUGCUGCAUUCGCCGGUGCCAUGAAGGAAAGAAGAAAGAUUGUACAAAAUGGUAUUGAGAAGAUACUCAAAAUAAAGAUCCAGCAGACACAGCACGUGAACAAGACUCGAGAUCGGUUCGAGCAGGAAUGCCUCAAGAUCAAAGGCUACCUCGCCCAGGGACAUAUGGUCAUGGGCCAAGAAGAACGCAAGAACAAAGCUAAGCUGGAAAAAACGCAGAUCAGUGUCGCAACCUCCAAUACAGAGUACGAAAACGCGGUCAAGGCGCUCGAGGACACAACUGCGAGAUGGAAUCGAGAGUGGAAAGCCGCAGCCGACAAAUUCCAGGACUUGGAAGAGGAGCGUCUUGACUUUACCAAAAGCAGCCUCUGGACUUUUGCCAAUGUCUCUUCCACUGUCUGCGUCAGCGACGAUGCUUCCUGUGAAAAAAUACGACUAUCGCUUGAGAAGAUGGAUGUUGAAACGGAUAUUGUCAGCUUUAUCAAGGAACAAGGUACUGGUCAGGAGAUCCCAGAUCCUCCCAAAUACAUCAACUUCUGUCGGGGAGACAUCAACGAUACGCAGUCAGAAUCGUCUGACGACGAUAACUACUCGGUCGCGCAGUUUCCCAGAAGUAUCAACCCAGCGUUCCGGUCAUCUUCCCCGCAACCCUCGACUUACGAAUCGCACCAUGACCCAAACUCAAGCCUCGCCCAGGAUCUUGGACACAAAGAAUUAGCCCCGGUAUCUUCAAGGACUGCUGCUGUCCCUGAUAUGGGUCGCAAAGAAGCGAGUUCCUCUAUAUCCAGACACCAGGCUCCAGAUACAGCACGAGCCGAUACCAGCCCCUCCUCCAAAGGCUUUGCACCAGAACAGAGCCACAAGAAUGCUGGCUCUUCUUCCAGGAGCUUCGCGCUGGAAACUAGACAGGAUGACGCAAGCCCUCCAAGAAGUUAUUUCCAGGACAUGGGCCGGCGGGAGAUGGUCCCAAGGUCUGUUCGUGAAACCCCACCGUCGAUGCAGAAAAUGCCACCAGCAAUGGAUAAGCUGCGCCAGGGGGCUCAAAUUACCAAUCAGCAUGUUCAGCAACAACAACAACAACAGCAGCAGCAGCAGCAGCAGCAGCAACACCAAAGCCGGCCCCAAGUUGAUGUGAGCCAACAUAGCUCAUUUGCCGCCGUUCCGCAUGAUCCAUAUCCUCUCGAUGGCAUGACGAUGCUGUGCCGUACUGGGCCCCAAUCCGAGCGUAGUUCUCACCCCCCUUCAGCUCGACCAUCGAGCCGUGACUCGCAAAGCGACUACUCAAACCCAACUUCGAUCUCAAGCCAAGAGCCGCCUAGCGAUAAAAUUUCUCCAAUCAAGCAGGAGCAAGUCAACGCGCCACCUCCAGCAUCAGACAAACAGGUCCUCAAGAAGAGAAGUGGUUUCUUCCAGAAUCAUAGUCCUUUCCGUCGGAAGAGCACAAAGGAUACUCAAGGACCGCCGGCAAACAGAAACACAUGGCAUCCUGUAUCCGCUCAAGGAAGCCCAUCCCGAAGACCACAUUUGUCAACACAAGAAACAUCAAACCUGCUCGGAGAUAGAUCAGCGAACAGUCCAGAGCCGAUUGAUGCGAAUGCCAGUCUUGCACUGAAUGUAGGGCAGAAUGUCUUCUCAGUCACAACCCCGGACCUGGAAAAGAGAAAGGGCUCGAGUGUCCAGCCCUCCCAGCCUGAGACCGAUCCAAUUGCCCUAGCCCUCGCAGAGCUCAAGGGUGUCGGCGUCGGCAAGCAAUCGAGCGUACGUGUUUCGGCUGACCGCUACCACGGCAUCGCCACUCCAACGCCUAGUUCUCAGCCAUUCUCCAGGUCGGUCCCACCAGCUGCAAGCAACGGCGGCGCUAUGACCGCGGGUCUUAGAGGAACACCGCCUCCUUAUGACCAACAAGUCGUUCAGAGACUUGGGGUGCCCCCUCAGGCAGUAACGGCAAAGGCUAUGAAGGAAACAUCGCAGAAGUUUGCCGACCAAACCCGAAGCAUGUUCAACCCAGUGAAGCGUCCCGGAUCAGGCUACAGCGGAACCACUCAAUCUCGACCGAUGACAAGAGGGAGUGAUGUCCCUAGAGCGGCAUCCCCGGCUCCAAUACGAAGCGCUUCCCCGAGGGUGACGCCGGCUGAAGAUGUCCGGAGCGCCUAUCGAAGCUCGCCGCGCAGCGCUUCUCCGAGGACUGGGUUGGCGGAAGAUGUCCACGGCGAGUACGGGUCUGCCUCACCUAGUCAUCGUGGAUCCGUGGGUAGAGACACCUCGCAGAUGAGCAGUACGCCCCGAAGAGGGUCUGAACAGCCGUAUUAUAGACAGAACUCGCCAAGCAGCAUUUCGAGAACAGCAUCUCCGGCUCCUUAUUUGGAGAAGAUGCGCCCUGGCAGUAGCCAUGUUGCCAACGACAUGGCGGUUCAGUUAGCGUCCCUUGGCGAUGAAACUUACGGAUCAAUGCGCGGUCGAGGCGGGAACCGUCCUGGUACGAGCUCUAGUAACCGGGCCAUGGGUCUUUACGAGGGAGGCGGGCCACCCGGGCAAGGCGAUUCGAGGCCGCGUAGCAAGAGUGUAGCAGACCCGUCGCGGCAGUACACUCGAGAUGGCAGGCCUAUUUUGCACUUUGCAAGAGCUCUGUACAUGUACCAGGCGGCCAUUCCGGAGGAGCUGGGGUUCGCCAAAGGCGACCUACUCGCGGUUCUGCGCCACCAAGAUGACGGCUGGUGGGAGGCCGAGGUGCAUGGAAGCAAUGGGCGAAUGGGGUUGGUCCCAAGCAACUAUCUUCAGCCAUGUUAGAGCAAUUCGCUGGUUGAAAGUGGUGCUGGAUGGGCUUGCUUGUGGUGACACUGGCACGAGGCCAGUAAGAGCUAGUGAAGCCGGCCAACUUGACGAAGGCUAAUGUUAUGAAGUCAACAACUGUGAGACUUGAUCUUGAUUGUACGAUUUGUCUUAUUUUCUUGUUUCUUCUUCGUUUGGAGUUGGGAGUCUGAUGAGAAUGAUAGCGCCUAGCUCAGAUAUGCAUUGGUUGUUGGCUCUCACGGGAACCAUGAGAAUCAAGCUGUGGCAUUCCGGCUAGUUGAUGACGCUGUUCCAGUUACGAUGCCUAUGCAAGUUUAAGUAAUCCAUGCUAUGUACCCAAAUGUAUAUGCUUAUAGAGGGGUAGACAGAACCGUAGUAGAGAUAAUCACCCACCUGCGAAAGACAUACC